CUGAAACUGUCAACUGCAUGGGGCUCCAUGGCCGUCGUGUACAGGCGCGAUCCUCGCCGACCAAGCAUCUCGGCCAUCAGCUCUGCCAGUUCUGCAGCAAAAAUGACCAUGGCGAUGCCAUCUUCCUUGGCUGACAUCGGAAGAGAUGGCCUAAAUGCAAGCGACAACGGUAAGCCGUGGCUGGUCACUGUAUAGCCGCACCGUGUAGCCUACUUGGCCUCGAGCCUCGACUCGUCGACAAAGAGAAUCAUGUGUUAAGAUAGCACGUGCACCCACAGCUCAACCAAUGGAGAGUAUACUCCGGCCACGACCGUCCGGAUAGCUUGUCUUGUCCACAGUGCCCUACUUCUGAGAAUUUCAGACCAGAUGCAUGUUUUGCUCUGUUCCCCGCAUCUCGCGGAUCACAAAUACUGCUCAUGCGACUCACAAGUUGCGUACCACAUAUUCUCUUUACUACUAGGCGCCGCCAGCUCAGGCUGAUGAUGCAAGUACGCCACUCUCUCUUGAGAUCUCCGCGACCAGUUCUUCCCUCUCGGUAAUAGGUCCUAAGACCCAAGGCUCUCAGUUCUUCUCGAUCUUUUUCGAGUACGCUUCAUCGUUAACACUGACCCUGCUCUCGGCAUUUGGACCGAUAUCGCCCAGCAUUGCUGAUGAGCAGGCUCUUCUCGGCCAUUCGCAACGAUGACUCCAGGUCCGUUGCCGAAUCUUCUCUUGUUCCACCAAACCCGUGAGCAGCUGAAGCUGGUCUGCAACAAGAAUGAACAUCUGAGCCCCAUGUCGUAAAGAAGCAUGCUUCCCAGAUGCUCGCAUGGGAGGCGUUGAUCGGGAGGGCGAAAGGAGACAGUGGAGAUCAUGCGAAGCACACGCGGUCAAGAUAUGUGAUGACAUGGCCGCCGAGAGAUGGCGUUGACGUGAGGGCAGUGUCUGAAGCCGAAAAGCAAGUCUUCUUUGUAUCUCUGCCACGCAGGCCAACGAUGUCAGCGGCUGUGCUUUCCUCACCAAGCCACCAGUACCGCUCAUACCGAAACACCUGGCCGCUGCUACUUCCCUUGGGACAAGGCAAAGCAACUCUAUGCUUGGCUGGGGCUUGUUUCUGGCGCGUAGUGCAUUUCGCCGGAAAGACGGCGGUUGGAAGACCAUGUUGCUGCUGUUUCGACAGUCUCUUGGCAAUGUGCUUUAUACUCUGGAAUCCUCCCAACUAGGUGGAGUACGCCUAUACGGUGAGGUUGGCCAUGCCAAAUACAGCCUCCCAAAUGGCGUUUUGGCUUCCCGGUCACCCCACAUCUGAUAUUUUGCAGCAUUUAGCCCUUGCUAUGGGGCUCCUUGCACUUUAAAGAACCCAGCUAGAAAUCUGGUCGACUCAGGAAACCUCUCAUUAGAUAGCCUCCACAAUGACGAGACCCCAUUGGAAGCCUGGAGGCAUCGAUGGCAUCUCUGGGCAUGCCAGGCUCCCGGUCAGUGGGCUCUAGCUAGAGGCGACCGCAAAUCCGAGAGCUUGCUCCGAAAGACGAUUCAAUCGAGGAAUCUCGAAAGAUCUUUUCAGUCCUCAUGGAAGAUUCGAUAUAUGGUAUUUCAAUUUUGAGAACUGCGUCAGACUGUUGACUUGUGGCUAUCUGCUUCCCCGACGCUCAUCGAGCCCUUCGACAAUGAUGAUGUUCUAUCUAUCUCAAAUGAUUCUAGACGAUCAUGAAGUCUGGACCUAUGCCUCGAGCUAUUCUGCCAUGAAAGACUUGAGGAAGGCAUCUUAUGCAAUGUCGUGAAGGGCGGCCGAUGGAGGAGUGGAAGACGUGCACGAUACGGCUAACGAGAAUGGCGAAGGAUAUCGCGAGGCACGACACAGUAUUCACUAAGCUUUUGUCAGGCAGUGAUCUCUUUUGCCAGCCUCAGUCAUGCUGUCACUAGUGGAAAUCGCGUCAGCUAUCUCCGCUAAAUCGGAAAUAUGAGUGCGAGACAAGGAUUACACGGUCAUUGAUGGCUAGCCCCAUUCUCCCGUAGACGUGGAGGGGGUCAUCAUUUCCAGAGAAGCCUGCCAGUUUUAUCCGUGUCUGGCUUCCUCUUCAACGCACGAUCUUCUCAUUUUGCCCAGGAUGGCCAGCGGUCAAUGAGCUACCCAGACUAGAUCGAGUGGAAGCUGGCACGGUGGACGGAGUUUAUGGGGAUGAAAUGUGAAGCUGUCGUGAUGAAGGGUAGGGAGGAGGGAGUUCAGUGACAUUCCACCCCGGUUGACAUGCAAGUCUGGUGGGGACUGGAUCUAAGGCGAUGACGCCUGCCGGUUGUCUCAUCUUUCUGCGAUUUGUUGGCGAGACUGUCGUGGUGCGCACAGGAUGGCAUAUUCUUUGCGUGCCCCAUCGCCCUCCUGUCCGUCAGCAUGUUCCGCUCGUGUGAGACCUGCAGGGCUGAAUUCGCACGCAAGUCUCUCGAUUCUUUGUGGCACUAUCUUGGCUCAUGUACACUGAAGUCUCUGAGGUGGUGCCGCCUGGUGUUGGCGACCUUGUUGCUCCCCUCUUUGCGUGACAGGUUGCGAACCCAUGGUGAUGACGGCUUCUCUGCAGUCUCUGCAGACCGUUUUAUUGCCCCUCUCUUCUAGCAGCGAGUGCGGUAUUGGGCGAUCAAUUCUGGCUUGGUGGUGGUGGUGGUUCGUCUGGCUGGGACUCCCGGAGCACCGCCUUGCGCGCAGCUGCCUCUUGGUUCUGCGUGGGAGCAUGGUCGGCCAGGAAAUGGGCUAUGGUGAAGAGGAAUCAUCGCCACAAGCAAACUCACCACGCGUUCGCGGUCGCAGCAGCGGCGGUUGCGGACAUUGUCCGCGAAGAAGAGGGAGAGCACCGGCCAAUAUGGCCAUUCGGGCUUGUCCUUCAAGAAUGCCUUCAAGAAGGCACGCAUUGUGGUGGUUGUUGUCGUUGUCGUCGUCGUUGCGCUUUUUUGUGGGAUGCGGAAGGAUGCGCGAGAACGAACGCAGAGCGUGGUCGCUGAGGGGGAUGAGGUUGUGAUGGUAGUUGCUGAUCAGAGGAGGAUGAGGAGGAAGAAAUGUAGAAAGUCGGUAUCGACGCACGCUGACGAUUUGCAACACUGAGGCGGUGCUUGGCGAGGUCUAUGGGACUACUAGAUACAGCUCGCUGCACUCUGCCUAGGCGACUGACCUGCCACUUCGCCGUCGUGCUCGAGGGGCGCUGCUCCUCUAAGCCCUCACUAAACCCAGACGCCCUGUCGAUGGAAGCUUCCCGGGGGUAGCGUAGAUCAGCGCAGCAUCAACGCCGCAGUCACUUCGUAGCGAGCAGCAUUGUUAUGAUACGGACGAGACCAUUUCCGGGGCGAAUAGAAGCUUCGCCUGGCCGAGGAUGGUCUGUAUGGCACAAGCUGUGGUGCAGACGCAGACCGUCGUGUAAAAGGGGCUGCGAGCGGGCUGCUCUCGGAGUAAUGCCAAGCAGCGUCGAAAUACAUUCACCCUACGCAACGCUCGGUCCAAGUGCUCGCGUUGCUUCCUUCUAGAGCGACGAGUGACCGUUCCUCUUCCUCACCACCACCACAACAACCACCACCACCAUCCUCACGUCUGACUUUUUCUUCAUCGGAACCAUCCACGCACCACCCUUUUCACCACCCUUCUCAUCACUCUUUUCACCACCCUUCUCACCACCCUUUUCACCACCCGCCUCUCGACCUGUCUCGCAUCUUCCAUCACAUCGCCACUGCACCAUCCCUAUCAAGCACAUCACCGCCGCCAACAUGCGUCUCAGGCACUUCGAAGUUCAGCUGCAGGCAGUCGACCUUAACAACCACGUCCUUCCUGUCCCUCUCCAAGAAUUCGCCGUGAAGUACUGUGAAUACGCCGACAACAGACUCGUCGACCACAGCGACAUCACCACUGCCCCGCUGAUGACUGCAAAGGUGCCAGCUCUUCCGCUUGACCAUUCAUUCGAAGUCCACAUACAGUCGUGGGUGCACUCGCCACCAUUUUUGUACAAGAACGACACCCGUGGAGGCGCCUGUGGUCCACUCGUGUGGCGCGUCAAGACUACUGUCGAUGGCGCUGAGUCCCGUCACUGGUUUGACGCUGGCACCACGUGGCCAUUGGUUCUCGUCAGCAACUUCGAUGGGCCGUUGCGAUUCCCACAAUACCGUCGAGAGAUAUCAAACCUUCCUUGUCACACAGCCCAACCCGGAGGACGAAUCAAGGUCGAGAUCCAGGAGGGUCGCUAUUUGAACAAGAGCGGAGAUCUCGAUGAAUUCAACGAGCGUUUCCAGGUGCUGGCUGUGCACGGCAUCUUCAGCUUCCAAUACGUUCCACUUGAUAUUCUCCAGCGUGACGGCAUCGCCUGGCCAAACCAUCAGCACAGACUUGAGAUCGCACCUCACCUACGGCACCUCAAUCUCGUGCCCAGCCUUUGGAGAUCUCCAGCCGAUCCGUCGCGAUUCGAGUGGGAGUUUCUUCCGGCUCGCCGUGACGGCAACGGUGACCGUGACACCAGUCGUGCGAUCGCUUCCUCGUGGUCGCUGAGAGACAUCUUGGGAGGGCCACCGCCAGCUCCAGGCGGUGGUCCCUCCGGCCUGACGCUGCCGCCGAUCCUUGACAGGGUCGGAAAUCCUGCUCCCGUGGAGGCUCCGCUUCCGCGUCUCUCGGCAGCGUUCAGCUACCAACCCACCCCAGCGCCGACCAGCGACGCCCUUGAGAGGCUCCGAACUUACCCUCUCCCCUGAGCUCGCGCUCAUGACAAGUACCCCGCCGAGCAGGUCGACCGCGAUAUUGCGGUCGAGGGAAGGGCCGAAGCAGAGAGGGUGGGUGUAGUACGUAGAAAAUUG